AUGGCGGAGACCCUGGCGGGCUCUGGCGACUCCGGUUAUGACUCGGCUGCUGUGAGUCCCGGCGCCUCGGAGUCGGGGACCCGGCGGCUGAGCGAACUGCGAGUGAUCGACCUGCGGGCGGAGCUGAAGAAGCGAGACCUGGACUCGGGAGGCAACAAGAGCGUCCUGAUGGAGCGACUCAAGAAGGCAGUUAAAGAAGAAGGCCAGGAUCCUGAUGAAAUUGGUAUCACAUUGGAAGCCACAAACAGGAAGACAGCAAAGAGAAGUGUUAAAGGACAGAAGAUAGAGGAAGAAGGCACAGGAGAUAAUGGCCUAGAAGAGGAUUCCAGAGACGGGCAGGAGGAUGUGGAAGCAAGUUUGGAGAGCUUGCAGAAUAUUGACAUGAUGGAUGUUAGUGCGUUAGAAGAAGCUGAAAUGGAGAACAGCAGUGCCCCAGACUUUGAGGAUGAUGGCACAGACAGCAUCCUCGAUUCCCUUUGUGAUAGCAAAGAGUAUGUGGCUGCACAGCUGAGUGAGCUUCCAGCUCAGCUCACAGAACAUGAUGUAGACGGGGAAGGCUUUGAGAGCACUUUGGAUGCUUCAUCGUUGGACUUCAAAGUACCUUCGGAUAUUGAAGAACCACUCUUGGAGCCAGAAAAUGAGAAAAUACUCGACAUUUUGGGGGAAACUUGUAAAUCUGAGCCAGUAAAAGAAGAAGGUUCCGAGCUGGAGCAGCCAUUUGCACAGGAUACAAGUAGCGUGGGGCCAGACAGAAAGCUUGCGGAGGAAGAGGACCUUUUUGGCAGCGGCCACCCGGAGGAGGGUGACUUAGAUUUGGCCAGCGAGUCAACAGCACAAGCUCAGUGGAGCGAGGCAGACACCCUGUUAGCGGUAGUGAAAAGGGAGCCCGUGGAGCAGACAGGCGAUGACGAGAGGAUGGACUGUGAGCCUGUAGGGCUAGAGGAGCCAGUUGAGCAGAGUAGUAAAGCCUCAGAGCGCACAGAAGCCUCUAGCGAGGAGGUGGCAGAAGCGCCCCAGGAAGCCUCAAGCCCAGACCCCAGGGAUAGCAAAGAAGACGUGAAGAAGUUUGCUUUUGAAGCUUGUAAUGAAGUCCCUCCGGCUCCUAAAGAGUCCUCAGCCAGUGAGGGCGCUGAUCAGAAAAUGAGUUCUUUUAAGGAAGAAAAAGAUAUAAAGCCAGUCAUUAAAGAAGAAAAAGGUCAUGUCAGCAGCAGUUCUGGUAGGAAUUUGUGGGUCAGUGGACUGUCCUCCACAACUCGAGCAACAGAUCUGAAGAACCUUUUCAGCAAGUAUGGAAAGGUUGUCAGUGCCAAAGUGGUGACCAAUGCCCGCAGUCCUGGGGCUCGGUGCUACGGCUUUGUCACCAUGUCUAUAUCUGAUGAGGCUACGAAAUGUAUCAGCCACCUCCACAGAACUGAGCUUCAUGGAAGAAUGAUCUCUGUAGAGAAGGCCAAAAACGAACCUGCUGGGAAAAAGCUGUCCGACAGAAAGGAGUAUGAAGUGAAGAAGGAAAAAGUAUCUAGUGUUGACAGACAUCAUCCUGUGGAGAUCAAAGUUGAAAAAACUGUAAUUAAGAAGGAAGAGAAGAUGGAGAAAAAGGAGGGGAAAAGGCCUGAAGACAUUAUAAAGGAAGAAAAAGAUGAAGAUGAGCUAAAACCAGGAACGACAAAUCGGUCCAGAGUCACCAAAUCAGGAAGCAGAGGAAUGGAACGGAUGGUAGUAAUGGAUAAAUCAAAAGGAGAGCCUGUCAUUAGUGUGAAAACCACAAGCAGGUCAAAAGAAAGAUGCUCCAAGAGUCAGGAUCGAAAAUCUGAAAGCAAAGAGAAGAGAGACAUGUUAUCAUUUGACAAAAUCAAAGAGCAGAGGGAGCGAGAGCGCCAGAGGCAGUGGGAGCGGGAAAUCCGAGAGUCGGAGAGGCGGCGAGAGCGCGAGCAGCAGGAGCUGGAGGCCUGGAAGGAGAAGGCACGGCUGCACCGGGAGCGCAUGGAGCUCGAGUGCCAGCGUCACCUCCUGGAGCGGGAGCGCAUGCGAGUGGAGCGGGAGCGCAGGAAGGAGCAGGAGCGCAUUCACCGAGAGCGGGAGGAGCUGCGGCGUCAGCAGGAACAGCUACAACAGCUACGCUAUGAGCAGCGGCAGGGCUUCCGGAGGCCCCAUGACGAUGGGCGGCGAGAUGAUGCCUAUUGGCCAGAAGGAAAACGUGUGGCCCUAGAGGACAGGUACCGCCCGGAUUUCCCUCGGUACGAUCACCGCUUCCACGACUUUGACCAUCGAAGCCGAGGCCAGUACCAGGACCAUGUGGUCGACAGGAGGGAGGGCUCAAGGACAGUGAGGGGAGAGCGAGAUGGACAGCACUACUCAGAUGACCGCCAUGGCCACGGAGGACCACCAGAGCGCCACGGCCGGGACUCUCGGGAUGGCUGGGGGGGCUACGCCUCAGACAAGAGGAUGAGUGAGGUCCGGGGGCCACCACCUCCACCCAGGGGUGGACAUGACUGGAUGGAGCACAGUCAGAGGCUGGAGGAGCACCAGGAACGUGCCUGGCCAGGCAUGGUAGAUGCAGGCACGGCAGGCCGGGAGCACGGCAGAUGGCUAGGUGCUGAGAGGGGCCUCUCUGGACCCUCAGCGACAGGGCACGUGGCCAGUCGGGGUGGAUUGUCAGGGCGAGGCGGCUUUGCACAAGAUGGGCAUUCCCAGGGCCACGUGGUGCCCAGUGGAGAACUGGAAGAUGGAGGCCAGGCCGGCCAGGACCGGGGCAACAGAGUCCCGCACCCCCACCCCCCUCCAUACCCCCCCUUCACUCGCCGCUACUAA